AGGGAUAUCUUACCAAUUACACGUAACCUUCCUGCUCCUCCUUGCCUUCCUCUUCUGCAACUUUACCUUUACAAAUCCUCUCUCUCUCCCUCUGAAAGCAUCGAGUCUUUUAAGUUUUCGGACCCAUCCAGCUACUGCCCAAUUCCAGGCAAAAGUUAAGAAUCAUACAGAGGCUUCAAUUUUGAUUCCCCUCAUAGAAAAAAAAAAAACCCUCAAAAGAUGGCAGAGUCUCUCUCAAGAAUAGGCCUUGCUGGCCUUGCAGUCAUGGGCCAAAACCUCGCUCUAAACAUCGCAGAGAAAGGCUUCCCCAUCUCUGUGUAUAACCGAACAACAUCGAAGGUUGACGAAACAGUCGAGAGAGCAAAACGAGAAGGAAACCUCCACCUAAGAGGUUUCCAUGACCCCAAAUCCUUCGUCCAGUCGAUCCAAAAACCAAGAGUUGUGAUCAUGUUGGUAAAAGCUGGGGCCCCAGUUGAUCAAACCAUACAAACUCUCUCUACUUAUAUGGAGAAAGGAGAUUGUAUUAUUGAUGGUGGUAAUGAAUGGUAUGAGAACACAGAGAGGAGGGAGAAGGCCGCGGCUGAAUUGGGUCUUCUUUAUUUGGGAAUGGGAGUUUCAGGAGGUGAAGAAGGGGCUAGACAUGGCCCUUCUCUUAUGCCUGGAGGCUCAUUUGAGGCCUACAAAUACAUAGAGGACAUAGUUCUUAAGGUUGCAGCCCAAGUCCCUGAUAGUGGCCCAUGCGUCACCUACAUUGGCAAAGGUGGAUCUGGUAAUUUUGUGAAAAUGAUCCACAAUGGUAUUGAAUAUGGCGAUAUGCAGCUUAUUGCUGAGGCCUAUGAUGUUUUAAAAUCAGUGGGCAAGCUCUCGAAUGAGGAAUUGCACGAGGUUUUUGCAGAGUGGAACAGGGGAGAGCUAUUGAGCUUCUUAAUUGAGAUCACUGCUGAUAUCUUCAGCAUUAAGGAUAAUAAGGGAGAUGGGUAUUUGGUUGAUAAGGUAUUGGACAAGACUGGCAUGAAAGGAACUGGUAAAUGGACUGUUCAGCAAGCUGCUGACCUCUCAGUGGCUGCCCCAACGAUCGCUUCUUCCUUGGAUUCAAGGUUUUUGAGUGGGUUAAAGGAUGAGAGGGUGGAAGCAGCUAAGGUUUUCAAACAUGGGGGAAUGGAUGAUAUAAUUUCGGGUGAUCAUGGAUUUGUGGACAAGUCAAAAUUGAUUGAUGAAGUUAGGAAAGCACUUUAUGCAUCAAAAAUUUGCAGUUACGCUCAAGGGAUGAAUCUUAUUAGAGCAAAGAGUGUGGAGAAAGGGUGGGACUUGAAGCUCGGUGAGCUAGCGAGGAUUUGGAAAGGUGGGUGCAUCAUUAGAGCAAUUUUCUUGGACCGAAUCAAGCAGGCUUAUGACAGGAACUCUGAGCUCGCCAACUUACUUGUUGAUCCUGAGUUUGCAAAGGAGAUAGUUGAGCGCCAGUCAGCUUGGCGUAGGGUUGUUUGCCUGGCUAUCAAUUCAGGCAUUAGCACUCCUGGUAUGUGUGCAAGUUUGGCAUAUUUCGAUACUUAUAGGAGGGAGAGGUUGCCUGCAAAUUUAGUACAGGCACAAAGGGACUACUUUGGAGCUCAUACUUAUGAAAGGACUGAUAUGCCCGGUUCCUUCCACACCGAGUGGUUUAAGAUCGCGAAGCAAGCAAAGAUGUGAGUCUUUUGGCCUGCAACUUCGACAUUGCAAUUAAUAAGGGGAGUUGCUUUGUUUACUUGGUUUACAAUGUUGUUUGCUUGUUCAAUAAGUACGGAUUUUGGCAGCUUAAUUGUAAUGGGUGCCUAUGGAUUCAUUGGUAUGUAAUCCUUUGAAUGUUGGAAUUUUACUUGGUUAGAAUUUUGUUCUUAUUUAUUUUCCCUUUAGUCCUCCCCUGAGUUUAUUUGUAACAACUGGAUCAGUUUAUGGUCUUGGCCAUUGGAAGCCAGUUAUGAACUUGUCAUGGUAAUUGCAUCAAUUUAAUAUGUCUUCCAUGCUUUUUUAAUGUA